UUACUGUAAGUGGGCGGUGCCAGCGACUGAUCCGCCGCUCUAGACGGUGCCUGUAUCGCGUGCGUGGGCGCGCUACCGGGCUUGAGGGAAAUGCGCUGCUAAUACGCGAGAGGUCCCCCACCGGGUUCUCCAGUAUAUGGGAGGGGGAGACGACUAGAGGUGCAACAGAAAUAGGCCAUCUUAAGAUGUUUUUACCGCGAAAAGGAGAGGGGAGGAAUUGCAAGAGAAGUCUUGGGUCACUUUCUGUGACCCAUUAAUGUGGUUAUAGGUGGAUGAGCAGUUGAACUAAAACCUAAAUCGCCUGGUAUCUUUGAACCUUAUGUGGACCAAUGAGAAUGCGGUUCACGGUGAGGAAGGUACUGUUGGUCAUAUGCCUCAUCAUAUUGGUUUCCUUGGCAGUACACCUUGGCCAGCAAAUGCUAGAAUGUCAGCAAAUUCUUGAUGAAGCCUAUGGCAGGAGAAAUCGUGCUGUAAUGAAGCCGGAGAAUGAAGAACUAGUCAUGAUGGACGCAGAUAAUGUAGAGUACAGGUACAGUAAGGACAUGCCACUUAUAUUUAUUGGUGGAGUGCCACGAAGCGGUACAACAUUGAUGAGAGCUAUGCUGGAUGCCCAUCCAGAUGUACGCUGUGGAGAAGAAACCCGCAUUAUUCCACGGAUUUUAGCAAUGCGUCAGGCUUGGUCAAAGUCUGGUAGCGAAAAAAUGAGACUCGAUGAAGCAGGUGUGACCGACCAUGUGAUGGAUGCUGCAGUGCAGGCUUUUAUACUGGAAAUCAUAGCCAAACAUGGUGAGCCUGCAAAAUUGCUCUGUAACAAAGACCCUUUUACCUUAAAAUCAUCUGUUUAUCUUUCAAAACUGUUUCCAAAUUCCAAAUUUCUUUUAAUGAUACGCGAUGGACGUGCCUCUGUACAUUCCAUGAUCACAAGGAAGAUCACCAUAGCUGGCUUUGAUCUAAACAGCUAUAGGGACUGCCUUACUAAGUGGAACAAAGCAAUAGAGAUUAUGCAUGCUCAAUGUUUAGAAAUCGGGGAGCGAAAGUGCCUUCCUGUAUAUUACGAACAGUUGGUUCUUCAUCCUAAGCAAACCAUGCAGGCAAUUACAGAGUUUCUGGGCAUCUCAUGGAAUGACGCGGUGCUGCAUCACGAAGAACUGAUUGGAAAACCUGGUGGCGUGUCCCUCUCAAAAACUGAAAAAUCAACAGACCAGGUAAUGAAGCCUGUGAAUCUAGAGGCUUUGUCAAAGUGGGUUGGAAAGCUUCCAGUGGACAUAGUAGAAGAUAUGCCUCGAAUAGCACCCAUGCUUGUCAGGCUUGGGUAUGAUCCCUUUGCGAACCCACCAAAAUAUGGUAGUCCAGAUGCCAUGGUAGUCAACAACACCCACAGAGUUAUGAAAGGAGAUUUUAAAACCCCAAACAGUCUAAAGGGACAUAUUCAGACCCAUCAGAAUAAUUCUUCUCACUGGUGACUUUAAAUUCAGGGACCAAAUUACUUGUCAUUAACAAGAAAGAAGAAAAUCCUUGCAGCUGUGAAAGGAAACCAGAUACCCAAGCAUAUUGCUUGCCAAAUGUUGCCAAACUGUGACUGUCCAGAGCGAAUGUAUUUGCACUUGUUUGUACGCUGGGAUCUUUAAAAUCUGCCAGUGAUUGUUGACCUCUUAAAUUCUUCCGAACUUGUAGUAGAAAAGGAUGUAAUCUGUUUUUACAAGUAAUUAAAUUCAGAUUUGUUGUGGCCAAGUAUUUUAUAUCGUAAGACAAAGCAUUUUAUACCGCAUUUAAUGCACUAGACCCUAAGCUAAAGACAAAUUGAAAGGUUGUUUUGUUUUAAUUUGUUCUACUUAGUAUCUUCUGAUCAUCUAUUUAAGGGAUUAAAUUGCAAGUCUAACAUAAAAAAAAGCUUCCCUUCACAAUUAGCAUUUAUUCAAAUAGACGGAAUGGAAUAAAGGCAAUAACAUUUUUAUUUUUAGUAACAGUAACGAGGAUCCCCAGUGCUUUUAAUGGCCUAAUAAUUGUGUCCUAUAUGUAUUAAGCAAAUUAGAUAAAGAGGAUGUGUAUACCCUUUACCAUAGAAGUGUUAAACUGAAUUAAUUUUGUACGUACCUUUUUAAAGUUUUAUUUAAAUUUUUAAUAUAUGACUGUCAUUUUGUUUUCUUUUUGGUCAUUAAACAAUUUUAAUAAAGUGCCAACUUUGUCAUGAA